AUGCAUCAACAUCCCCGAUCAUCGGCGGUACCCUCUCCGGCGCCAAACUUUCCCCCCAGACCGACAGCUCGGGACGACCGCAGAGAACAAGAAACCGCCCCGAGCUCCUCAACAGUCGAUAUGGGAUCUAAUUCUGCAAGAGGACUGGGGAUAGAGCCGGGGCCUCAGCCGCCUGAGCAAGGGAGGAAUGCGGCACUGGGAAAGGAGGCCCUGACCCGGUUAAAUCAGAUAAUAUCGAACUAUCACACAAAAGCUGCUUUGAUUAUCCUUCAUUCACGAGUUGCGCUGCCUCCCUCCUUUAACAAGGGCUCCGAGUCCCCGAGAGUCAACCGCUGGUUCAACGUUGAAUUAGAUGAUACAGAUGUCCUUCGGGAACCCCUGCGACCUUGGAGAACAUGCGAUGCAACGGAGAACCGACCACCACCCCUGGUUAUCGAAACAUACCUAGAUACAAAGGGUCUCACAAACAAUCAAAGUCUGGUGAUUCUUGAUGAGAAUGGGAAGCGUUGGGAUGUGCGCGAGUCGCUUGCGGCGCUCGAGGGCGCCCGUGCGAGGCCAUACCAAUCGGAAAAUGACGAGAUUAUCUUGGAACGGUGGAGGAUCGAGUUGGGAGAGUCUUCAAGCAGGCCUCCGGCAGAUUUGGGGUCUAUCUUGCCGACUGUCUAUAAAAAAAGUAUCGUGCUCUUCCGAUCCUUAUUCACCUACUCCAAGUUCUUGCCUGCAUGGAGAUUCUCUAAGCGCAACAAAAAGUUGCGGCAGAGUCCAGCUCUCCAGAUCAAGUACCGUGUGGUAGAUGGGAGCGCUCCUUGCGAUGGUUUAUCACUGGAUUAUUUAACAGCCCCGCUGAGCGAGGGGAGCGAAAAAGUGGUGGACACCUACAGCUUUGGAGUCACGGAGUCGCCCGCAGGUCCCUUUUCAGUCCAAGUCAUGUAUCGGACGAACUGCGAUUUCCGUGUUGACGACUCGGAAGCGCUACUGAGCUCGCGGUUUAUGGGUGCUGACGACGAGAUCUUUCGUCCAUCCUUGCCUUCAGAUGAUGUCCACCGCCCAAAUCCUGAAGUCGGUUCUGUGCCAGUGGAGAGAAGGGCAGUCGAGAGUCCAGAUUGCACACGCGCCUAUGGCAGCCUCUCAACCUUCCAUCAGGUUGGCCCAAUAACAGGUGCAAGCCCUAUAUCAGCACUUCGUGCAAUGAGAGAUUCGGGCGCAGUGUCUCCUUCCCCAACAGACUCACCUAAGAGACUCCUCUCUCCUGCCAAAGUUGUUUCUUCAGGGCGUGCUGCCCAGAUUGCCGGUGAAGGUGAAGGCUCAAAUUUCCCACGCCGUCCCUCUAUCUCAUUCCAGCCCUUCAAAGCUCCUCCUCUUUCUGCUUCUCCAGCUUUAGCAGACUCUCCCUUAGGAGUUUCUCCCCGCAACAUGUCUUCACGCAUCCCCACAGGAACAUCUGCCGAUUCACGCAUCAUGCCGCCCCCUUCUUCUGCCGCUUCAGCGCGCAGACCUAUAACCAUUGCAUCUGAACAAGCUAUAUCAUACUCUAAUUCCCCAUCCCCUAAACCUACUCCGAUCUCCCGAUACAGCAGCUCCUUUAGUCAUCGACGAGGCCGCCUUUCUGCGGGGGCGAACAGGCUGGAAGAUGACAAUUCCAGUGGCCGAGCGAGUGCGACAUCAUCGAAUGCACAGCCCGGGUCCGGUCUACUCACGGAAGCUACAGGCACGAGUGCAGAGUCCAUUCACGCAGAUGACGAGAAUAUCUCCGAUUUUUUGAAGAUGCUUGAUUCAAAGAAGGAUCUAAUGAAUUCAUCUACCUCUGCAUCUAUUCAGCCUGGUCCUAGGCAGCCGAAUACCACUGCAGCUGCUCUUGCUCGCUUCCGCGGUAUGCGAGAUUCAAACGCCGCAUUGUCCGACUCAAUGUCACAGUCUAUGCUUAUGCAUCGCUCUUCUAUUUCUUCGAGCAAGCAACUAUCAGGAGUCCCGCCAAUGGUUGCGGGUACCUCCAUUUCCACAGCUUCUUCUCCGGGGAAACCCAUAUCCCCCCAUACUCCCCACACUCCUGCUAUCCGGUCUCGACUGAGCUCGAACAGCGUUGCCGAUGACAUUGAAACCGACCACCGUUCAAGAAUACCUCGCAUACAGCACGACUCACCGCUGGAGGAACAUCCCGGCAUGGAAAAUACGCGAGGGCCUUCCUCGACCGCAGGUGCUAUUGACAUCCCAACGUCGCCGCGUAUUUUCGAUCCCGUUUACCGUCGUUCGAGCUCCGCAGCUUUGCGCCGGCCGAUUGUUACAAGCGAAGACGAUGAAAUCUUCCCAUUCGGCAUGCGCAGCCUCAGCCUGGGAGCCGAUGAGCCAUCAAACCUCACCUUGGCUGCCGCCCAACAACCGAACGAGUCCCAGAAAAGCAAACAAUCACCGACCGAGGACCCAAGUGGCCCAUCUAGCUCCGCAACAGGUCCGUAUCGGGACAGUGCAUCCCUCCGCGGGCAGAUCACUGGACCAACCAGCGCCUCGGCUUCCUCCAAUCCCCAUGUCUACCAGCCCCGGUUCGCCAGUUCCCGCGGCCGCGGCUAUUCGGGCGGGCAUUCUCUAAGCUCAGCAUCUAGCAGCCUCGCCCGGGGCGCCAAUCUUGUCCCACACCUGGCGGAGCGCGACCAGGACCGCGAUGGCAACGCCAGUGGAAGUAACAGCGGCAACUCCACGCUGGAGAUCCGUCGCGGUUCUGCGCAGCGGCCGGGCACGGGCCGGACGCUAUCCGCACAAGCGCCCGAAGACGAUGAGCCGUUGCUCUUCGCAAUGAGCGACUUCGGCGUCUCUCGGCGCAGCUUGGAUGAAGGUAGGCAUGGAAACCACGGUGGGGCUGAACCAGCCGCUGGGUCCCGGCGUGGUAGUGGGAGACGGGGAGCAGGGCUUCCGGGCUUCCAUGUUUGGUCGUGA